GUACCUGGCGGGAGCGUGCCCCGACUGUUGUUGUCUCACUGUCGACAGUAGAACAAAUACAAUGAUCACCAGUAGCUUUGUCGGCAUGGGUCUGGCCCUGGUCUUCGUAGUCAUUAUAUUUCAAGGCGCACCUUCAGUGAGUGGUCGCAGCGUUCCCAAUCCUUCUCGCAACAACACCAGCGGAAAUGAAACCAGCAACAACGUGACUAACUGUAACAAUACUCAAGGAAACGGAACGAGUGGAAACUUUACUGCAGGAUUUCCGUUUUGUGGAAACAGCACAGGUGGAAAUAACACCAACGGAAACUUUACCUGGGGCAACAACAGCACGAAUGGAAAUGGCACAAGCGGAAAUGUUACUUCAGGUAACAGCACAAAUGGAAAUGGCACGAGCGGAAACUUCACCUCAGGUUGCCCAGGCUACGGAAAUGGCACUUCAGGAAAUAUCACUAACGGCAACAUUACCUGGUGUAACGGCACUCAAGGAAAUGGCACGCAAGGAAACGUGACAGCAGGAGGCUCAUCAUUCGGAAACGGAACAUUAGGAAAUAUCACUAAUGGCAACAUCACAUGUGGUAACGGCACUAACGGAAACGGCACGAGCGGGAACUUCACAUCAGGUUUCGCAUGUUCCGGAAACGGCACUUGGGGAAAUAUCACAAACGGUAACAACACACAGGGAAAUGGCACUCAAGGUACUGUGACACCUGGAGGCUCAUCAUUCGGAAACGGAACCUUAGGAAAUAUCACUAAUGGCAACAUCACAUGCGGUAACGGCACUAACGGAAAUGGCACGAGCGGGAACUUCACAUCAGGUUUUGCGUGUUCCGGAAAUAUCACAAACGGUAACAUCACUCAAGGAAACAGCACGCAAGGAAACGUGACAGCAGGAUACCCGCCAUUCGGAAACGGGACUUUAGGAAAUAUCACCAAUGGCAACAUCACAUGCGGUAACGGCACUAACGGAAAUGGCACGAGCGGGAACGUCACAUCAGGUUUCGCGUGUUUAGGAAACGGCACUUCCGGAAAUAUCACAAACGGUAACAACACUAACAGAAAUUCCACGAACGGAAAUUUUCAAUCAGGAGAGGCACUCCCCUACUGUCAAAAUGGCGCCACCCCCGUGGUAGUCGCGGAGGAACUCUUCUGUAUCUGUCCGCAAGGCUUCGUGGGACUUCGCUGUGAUAUCAGGAUCCCUGCCCAGAGGCGGGCAUCGCGCACAGGUCGCGAGGCCAGGCUCAGCAUCCCGGACAUGCGCAAAAAGUAGAUGACUAUUUGGCAAUUUUAUGAGGACGUCAGUCAUCGCCGCGUUCAGAUCUUCUCUGAAUUAAGUUUCAUGAACGUUUAUGUUAGUGUUACAUACAUAAAAGUAUGUUUCCACCAUUUGAAAGUUGUGGGUUCUUCUGUGAACCGCAUGAAGCCAGGUCUUUUGCGAGGGAGAAGAAACAGUUUGCCUUUGUGUUGGACAUGAAUAAAGCAUUGCUAAAAGAC